UUCCAAGCCAUUUAUCAUUUUUUUUUUUACUAUUUAUUUGUUUUAUUUCACGAAGAGGAAUGGCUUAAGAACUUUAAAGCGAAUACUAAAAGAAGCGGACAACUCCGUGAAGGGAUCGACUCUAUUAUUGAUAAAUUCAAAGAGAGGCUUGUUUCACUCCAGGAGAAUGUGCUGCCAAUGCACGAAGUGAAUGGCAGAAUACAAGUCAAGCAAAGAAAUAUACAGAGGCUUGUUAAGACGAUCGACACCACCAUCCAAUUCUAUGGCCGCACAAGUGAACUGGAAAGCUCAAUCAAAGACGGUAAUCCAAGUCAUGAUUUGGAAGCUUACCUUGAAAAUAUGGAAUGCCUUCAACAAGCAAUCCAGUUCUUUGAAUCUCAUCCGAACUACCAAAAUCAAACAGAGAAUAUGCGAAUGACUUUGGAGACUGGCUAUUCGGUGUUAGAGAUGGAAUAUCGUUCAGUUGUGCAAAGGAAUACAAUACAGACAGUAUUAUUGUUUUUUAAAGAACUGCUUGGAUCCCGUGCCAAAGACAUAAAGACGAUGCGCGAUAUGAGUGCAGUAAUUCAUCUAGGCGUUUGGCUUCUUGAACGAGAAAGGUCACGAUUUCUAACGCAUUAUUCCGAUUUUUCUCGCAUUGAAGGGCGAAAACAUGAUGCGUACAAGGCAACCGGUCGCAGUGAGAAAUUUGAUCGCGCUUUGCUCAUGGCUGGAUGCCUUCUUGCGCUGUUAGAAGUUGAAGAGUCUGUAAUGGUGAAGGCUAUUCCGGAUACAACGCGACGUGCCCAGGUAUUUCGAGAACUCGUCGCUAAUCCACUGAACUUUGUCGUUCGGCAUACCCAACGAGUAGUUCAAGAUAGUGAUAAGGGCGUUCUUCCACUGCUUCCUCUCUUGCGCUUUCUUUCGGCGCACGAAUCACGUCUUCACAAUCUUGCAAUGAAUAGCAUGGCUGAUGUUCCGUUUGAAGCCUUGAUGCGGUUACUGCGAGUGAAAUCCUCCUCACAAAUCAACGAAUUUGUGGAGAAACUGAAGAACGAUAACAACAAAUUUGUUCCUGUCGAUGGAAACGUUCAUCCAAUUACUGUUAAUACUGUUAACUUCUUGGCGACAUUGACUGUUCAUCGUCAUACUGUAACGCAACAGCUACUAUUUAUGACUGCUUCUCAAAGAACAAAUACGGCACUCCUGUUACCCAAGCUCUUUGCACGAAUACUGUCGGCAUUGGGAUUAACAUUAAACAAAAAGAGCGAAAUCUACGAGGACCCUGCUCUUUCUAGCCUGUUUCUCCUGAACAACUUCAAUUACAUUGCGAAGGCGUUGGAAGAUGACGAGGAUGGGUUGCUUCCCGUAAUAAAUGAGCAGAAUAAUCAGAUUUUAUCAUUCUACCACUCAGAGAUUGAAAAAUACGUCGACCACUACAUGACAAGCUGGAACCAGUGCAUCUCAACUCUUCAAGGAGUACAACGUCUCGGAGACGACAAGCCCCUGCUUAGAAAUGUUCUUACAGUAGUGAAAUUUUCUGCACAUUUGGUUUCGCUGCUAAACAAGUCUUUAGACAUCGUUCGUGCUCAUGUUAAGAGAGCUGUGGUACCACUAUACGGUUCUUUGAUACAAAAAGUGGAAACAUGUGGUAUGCAGUUUUUCACACGGCAGUAUAAGUAUACAAAAGAAUUAUUAGAAUCGAAUAUUGAUAGGCUUUUUGAUGCAUCUGGUUAA